AUGAAAGUGCUCUUGCUCCUCGCGUGCACCGCCCUCGCCUCCGUGCACGGGCUGCAGUCUGCGGUACCCACGCAGCCCCUACCCCUCGCCACGCGGCGGCUCGUCGCCGUCCCGCGCGGCGUCGACGUUGCCCUCCCGUCGAGGCAGCGUGCUUCCGCCGGCCGCUCCUCACCCUGCUGCAUGGCGCUCGCCGCGGCCGACGACGCGGGCCAGCAGCUGGACCUCGGCGCUCUGGGGCGGUACUUCUUCGCGGUGCUGAUGCAGCUGAUCGCGCUAACGUUCGCCUUUGGCGUCCUCGACUCAGCGGGCUACGCCUCGCCGCUCGGCCCUCUCCCGGCGCCGGCGGCGGGCGGGGUCUUCCUCGCGAUCAGCCUGCGCUCGCGCGUCUUCAGCUCGCUCGACGACUCGGCGCCAGAGGAGCGCGUCACGGCGACGGCGGCCGAGGACGAGGCGCUCGAGGCUGCCCUCCGGCCGGACGGCGGCGGCGGCAAGCCGAUGAAGAAGACGGAGCUGCGGGCAGAGUGUGAGGCGUCGUGUCUCGUCUACUCUUCCUCCACGGGACGGCUCAACGAGGGCCACUUCAACGACCCGGCCGCAGAGGGGAGGGUCGGCGCCGCGGUGCCCGGCUCGGCCCUCGUCUGCCUCUCCGCCCUCUACGCCGCCAAGCAGUACUCCGACGUCGCGCCCGCCGCCGGCGCGCUGCUCGCUCUGGCGGCCACGUGGAACGCCGUCGCCGCCGCCGCCGCCGCCGACACUUGGCGGCUGAACAACGCCGUCCGCGCGGAGCCGCUCUACCCUCACAAGGUAGCGGGCAUGCGCAGCCAGACCCGGCUGACCAUCGAGGCUUUCGAGGGUCUGUAG